UUUUCUCUUCAUAUGUACAGAACAGGAACCGGAGCUGGAGCUUUUGUCUCGCGCUGUUGGUCAUCAUGUCGAGCUCGCGCACAAUGCAGUAUAUCGGCCUCCUGCUGCUCGCCGCCAUCCUGCUGCAGACCAUCGCUGUGGCCGUCACUUUCAUCUACUUCAGCAAUGUCCUGAGCACGAUGAAGGAGACUUUUUCCAAAAGCAGUGUGUCGUGUCUGAUGCGCUCGAACCUGCGCACACUGAAAGGUUCUGAUCCGAGCAGCUCGGAGGGAAAGGACGAUCCCUGCUGGCAGGUCACACAACAGCUCCACUUCCUCAUCGAGAAGUCCAUGUCUAAUCGCUACCAGGAAGAAAUCUCCUCAGCAGUUAAAGAUGAAGUGACCCGAGUUCUGCCCUCGCUGGUGGUGCAGGACCAGGACGCUGUCUCACGGCCCAGGAUAGCCGCUCACGUCACGGGCAGUUACACGCCAGACUCGGACAAGGAUGUCGGAGGUGCCUCCAACAGGAAGGUGUACGGCCAAAAAAUCCAGUCGUGGGAAUCCGAGAAAGGCCUGGCCUUCCUCCAGAACGUGGAACUGAGCGACGGAGAGCUGGUGGUGCCGCAGGCUGGACUCUACUACGUUUAUUCUCAGACGUAUUUCAAGCACACGCUCAUAGAGGAAGAGGAUGAAGAAGAGGAACGGGAGGAAGAUGAGGGUGCGGCCAGGGGAAAGCCCAUGCUGCAGUAUGUGUAUAAAAAAGUGGGAUCUUAUCCGGUGCCCAUCCUCCUGAUGAAGAACGCAAGGACGACUUGCUGGUCCCGGGACGCCGAGUUCGGCCUGUACUCCAUCUACCAGGCCGGGCUUUUCCAGCUCGGCGGCGGAGACAGGCUGUUUGUAACCGUCAGUAACGUGAGCACCAUCGAAAUGGACGAGAAGUCGAGCUUUUUUGGCGCUUUCUUGGUCAGCUAGGUCCAAUGCACCGCAGGAGCAGGAGUUUUUUUUUUUACUGCUCAGUGGUUCCCGUGAGUCGGGCGAGCGACAGGACUCGGCUUGUUUAUAACUGAGCUCUCUCUUUGGAACGCUGCCCGAGAUCAAACCGUCUGUAUAUGUGUGCCGAGCGAGUUCACCUUACUCGCACUGAGGACGUCUCUGACGUGGGGAAACUUGACUUGAUCGAUUUGCAGCCAAAAAAAACAUCACGCAAGAGUCAGAAACCAUCAAGAGUCUGAGAUGAAGCUCGAGAACUGAACAAACACUCAGCAGGUGGUCGGGGAUAAAAACGACAGGCCGCAGUGAAAAACCAUGUUUUCUCUCCUGCAGAUGGACAGAGUGACGUUCCUGCACUCUGAAUGUCUGCAUGUCAUCAUAAUGUUAAAGAACCAGACCGUUUUUAAAUUACAUGGAGAAAUGACCGAGAAACCAACUGCUCCGGUUCUGCUCCGACGUCAUCGGACAGUGACGCGUCGCGGCGUAUCAGAGAUGUAUAACCUUAUUUCCUGUCUGUAAAACUGAAUCUGUGAAGAAUCUUCUGGAUAAAAAAACGGCUCAGAUUUCUUCUUUACAUUCGUUUAUUUUUUAUAAACACGACUUCCUUAUGAACUUUCAGCAUCAUCACUGCUUCCAUGUUUGUUUGUGUAUUUAUGGAUGAAUCCAAACAGCGAUGAAGGUGAGCGUUAGCGUGAGAGCUGAGUGAUUUUCUCCAAAACUGUCAAAGUUUAACCUGAGAAAUCAGCUGUGUACAUUUAUUCAUAAUUUUUACUACGUGAAUGCAGAUUUUAAAACUUUAUACUGAAUAAAGUCUGGUGUGAACUCUGGAGUUUAUGAA